AUGGGUCGCAUGCACUCCAAGGGCAAGGGUAUGAGCGCUUCGGCUCUCCCCUAUCGUCGUUCGCAGCCUUCGUGGUCCAAGGCCACCGCUGAGGAGGUCGCCGACCAGAUCUUCAAGCUUGCCCGUCGUGGUCUCUCGCCCUCGCAGAUCGGCGUGAUCCUCCGUGACUCGCACGGCAUCCCCCAGGUCAAGUCGGUCACCGGCAACAAGGUUCUCCGUAUCCUUAAGACCAACGGCCUCGCCCCCUCGAUCCCCGAGGACCUCUACCACCUCGUCAAGAAGGCCGUCUCGGUCCGCAAGCACCUCGAGCGCAACCGCGCCGACAAGGACGCCAAGUUCCGCAUGAUUCUCGUCGAGUCGCGUAUCCACCGCCUUGCCCGCUACUACAUCAAGAAGCAGCAGCUCCCUCCUACCUUCAAGUACGAGGCCGCCACUGCCUCGACCCUUGUCGCCUAA